UUUGGUGUUACGGAUCGCCGACGUCGUCUUUGUCUCUUGGGCUCUUUGUCUCGAGGUUUGUUUCACUUGAAUCGCCGCCUAGGUACAUUCCACUGCCGUGUGUUAUCCUGUUGUUCUUACCUCUCUGUUUUUUAAGGCAGCCUACAUUACCAUGCUGCACUCAACUUGCGACUAGCUUGGAGUUGGAAGUGCAGGACCAAGGCCCUGGCAACGAUAAUGGCGUCUUCGCAACGCUCCUCUAGGCGAUCUCGGCCGAUACGCUCGAGUCGCACGAAAGUGCAGUCCUACCACGAGGAGAGCAGCUCUGAUGCAGGCGCUAAUGAGACCGACAAUGAGGGAUCGGAAGAUGCGUUGCUUGCUGCGCGGCCUCGCCGGUCUAACCGACGGCUCACUUCUUAUCGAGAAAGCUCGAGUGACGGGAGUAUUGGUGAAGGAAACAACGACGAAGAAGUGGAAGGUGUCGUAUCUAUUGAAACUACCACUCGGUUUCCGUACCAGUUCUCAGAACCUGCAGCCGCUAACACUGAUAACCCAUCCCGAACUCGCCGCCAUCGAAGAGAACCCCGUCAGAGUCGAACCACUCGAUCGAGAUCCAAAAGGGAGCUGGGAAGACCUUUGAAAAAGCGUCAGAAAGUUGUACCAAUCGAGAUCCCAUUCAUUGGCUCAGGUGUUAUCCCUCCAUGGCAAACCUUACCAUAUCACAUUUUAUUCGAUAUCUUCUAUCGUGCAUCCUAUCCACUGAUCGAUGAACAAAAAAUGGAACGCUCCAAUUCUGCUGCUUGGCUGGUGGACAUGUCCCUCAUGUGCAGGGCUUUUCAUGAGCCUGCACUGGCUGUUCUCUAUUACUCCCCGCCACUCCUGCCGGCAGCUAAAUGCCACAGUCUGUUAAGCCUCCUCGGUCUGCCACAAGAAUCGCUGUCGACAAAUUAUGUCAAUAAAAUCAAGGAGCUUCAUGUAGAUGCAGAACACCUAUUAAUGUACAAGAGUGGACCCUCCUUGGGAUAUUUCGAUCUUGCAAAGUUGGUGGAGAGAGCACCCCGGACGAAGAACUUGCAGAUCUAUCAUAAGGAUGACUACCAGGUGGGACUUGCUCCUUGGCAGAAGACUUUAUCCAGAUGGAACUACACAGACGCUUUCUUCACUGCAUUAAAUAAUACACCUAUCAUGCUUCGCAGCUGGGCCUGGAAUGGUCGCUUCAUGGAGACAUCAGAACUCCUCGUUACGAUGCUUGAGAAUCAUCAAAAGUCUGCAUUCAGAGGGGUUCGCGCUCUGAAACUGCUACACAUUUCCGCGGAAUAUACUACAGUCCAGGAAGCAAGUCCAGAUACAGAGCCCAGGGAAGUGUUCCUUGCCGAUGCCCUCGCCGAACUACCGGAAUUGCACCAUUUGGAAUUCAUGGAAUGUUCCAUUGUCAACGCGCAGUUGCUGCCAAACCUCCCGUCGAGGCUCACUUCCCUGACCAUCAUAAACUGUGAUGAAGUGACAACUUCGAAUUUGGGAGAGUACCUGCUUACUCACGGCCACAACCUUCGAGAACUGGUUUUAAAUCACAACCGACACUUGAGUAUGUCCUUCUUGACAGGAUUUGCGCAAUCCUGCAGCAGACUGGAGACAUUCAAGAUGGACCUCUCCAUUCAUGACCGUUCAAGCUACCAUGAUGUCGAACUUCAUUUUGACGAAUUGAUCUCUCCAUCCGAAAUUCCUUCCUGGCCAGCGACACUAAAAGACAUUGAGCUCACGCAGCUUCGUAACUGGGGUGAUACGGCGGCCGAGGUAUUCUUCGCGUCAUUGACUGACGCCGCACCCGAGCUUCCCAAUCUGAGACGCCUCGUUAUCAGCGCAAUUCUGCAAAUCGGAUGGCGCGACCGAGCUACCUUUCGAGAAAAGUGGAUAGGAAAGUUGAGGACCGUCUUCCUGCGCAGGCGCAGCCCUUCGCCAAAUCCGGCUCUUCGCAGUAUCCGACGAGCCCCUCUGCCAUCGGGCCAGCUAGGUGUACGAGAUGAUACACCGGCCGAACAGGCGACUCACUCAGAUGUGUACACUGCCAAUGAAGCGGGGAGCGUAGCUUCCACCCCUUCUAAACGACACAGUGCAAGACUUGCUGAGAGGAAGCUUUCUGAGGUUGAGGACCAUUUUCAAUCUUCACACGUGCGCAAAAGUGAUUCGCCCAGCGAACCGGUCUUCAUUCAAGGAUUGUGUGAUGUGGUCUCGAUCCGCAUCGAUAACCAGCGUCCAUCGGAGCUGCAAUUCAACGAAAACGAUUUCCUAGACGACGAACUCAGCGGCGAUGAAGACUGGGCCGGAUAUGACCAUGUUGUUGAAGAGAGACAUGCAUGGUAGCAGGCCGUUUUUUCCUCCCCUCAGACUUUGUACAGUACCCGGAGCCAGCCCCUUUGUUUAUCACCGAGUUUUUUGUUCUGUAAUUUCUAUCUACUUGUCUUCCAUUUUCGUUCUUCCCGGAUCUUUUGCCUGCUGUAUUCUAUUUUAUGUUAUCCAUCUACUGCUAUGGUGUC